GCGAAAAUAGAGCCUCCGCAGCUCGUUGUUAUCGUCGUCGACGUCGACGUCGUUGACGAUGCUCGAACCGACGCAGCUACACGCUUAGUCUGUAACUGGAAGCAUACGCGAGAAGAACGAAUUGCGCGGCGCGUUAACUUGGGAGCUCGAUCUCACACGCAAGAAAAUAAUCUGAGGAAGAACAACGACACGCACGACGAAGACUUCGGUGACAGAGCAAGAAACGGUUCGCCAGAAUUCGUCACGACGAAAGAACUGACGAGGCGUCGUGUCGUUGUCUCGCACGCCACGCCACAGGCACGAACAGGCAGAGACUGGAGUUCGAGGAGACGCGAAUGAAUCUGACGGACGCACUGAUUGGAUUCUCGACUCGUCGUGCUCGUUCGACGAUUGUCGCAGGAUCUCCGGAAGCAUUCAAGAUUUUACGAUUAGAGAAACAUUGUCGCACAACGCGAGAGAGAAAGAGAGAUAGAGAGAAAUAAAUUGCUAAUACGAUGGAUACAAUAGAUAUGAGAAAAGACCGUCAAUCGACGAUAGAUGUUUUUGAAAAGGACGUACCGCGAUCGGAUGAAUUACCGAUUGCAGUGAUUCAUAGGGCGGGAAUCGGCGAGCUUUUAGCGAGACAAGCGAUGGCCUGGUGCCGUUAUUGGCUGCAAACAUUUCCCAUAAGAAUGACAUUGAAUAACGUCGGAUUGUUGACGGUGUUCCUGGCGAUAGUGUCGCCUCGAUCUCUCAUUUAUAGGCUCGUUUAUCCGAUUUUCAGAUUGGUCUUCGGCACCUUGUACCCGGCAUACGCUUCCUACAAGGCGGUGCGCACGAAAAAUGUCAAGGAAUACGUUAAAUGGAUGAUGUACUGGAUAGUAUUCGCGCUGUUCACAUGCGCGGAAACAUUCACCGACGUCUUCUUUAGUUUUUGGUUCCCGUUUUACUAUGAGAUUAAAAUCAUCCUGGUGCUGUGGCUGCUAAGCCCGGCUACUAAAGGCUCCAGUAUCCUUUAUCGACGCUUCGUGCAUCCCGCACUUAUCCGUCGUGAAGCCGAGAUCGACGAAGCCCUAGCACGUGCGACCGAGCAGGGUUAUACGGCGGUGCUACAUCUCGGUACCAAGGGCGUGAACUAUGCCACCACAGUCCUCAUGCAGACUGCCAUCAAGGGCGGCGGUGGGCUGGUGCAACAAUUGAGGAAAAGUUACAGCCUCAGUGAUCUAACCGGCGAGAAGGAGGACGAAAAUAGAAACACAUCCGAUGCGCGUGACGAAACAGAUAUGGAAGUGGAACCUCGUCGAAGAGAGCACAUUGGCAGAAGAGGCUAUAGUCCUCGCAGGACUCAGUCCAGCAGCAAUGCGUCUCGAGUAGAGAUGUAUUUUUCCGAAGUAGAUGUCGAUGUUCGACAACCAAGGCCUAGGGAGCCCAUAGCUAGUUUAACAAAUAUAAGGUCCUCGGACGACAUAUCUAGCGGUUAUAGUAGCGGCGAGGCGUUGCAAUCCCAGCGAACGACUUCUCAGGGUGAUUCUUUAGUAAGAACAUCAAGCGUCGGUGCGAGAACACGUGUGAAGCCUCGUUCUACCGCGAAGAAGACGCCCGAAGACAGGGACGAGGAUUUCGACCGCACACCUUCCGAAAAUGUCUCCCUACCAUCGUCCCUAAACAUCCUGACUCCUGAACAAGCUGUCGAGCUUUUACUGUUAUUAUCUCAAAAUAAUAAAUCGGUAGACCGUCCGACAUCUAUUACUACUUAUACCGAUAGCGAUAAAUCCGCAAACGAAAACAAAUCCGCAACGAAAAUAGAAGAUAAUGAAUCGUCAUCGAUGGAAUCGAGCGGCAAGUUCGUUGACACAGACUCGGCUCAAAUAGACCUGCAAACCAUAGAGAUCAAGAAUAUCUCGAUGGAAAACUUGUCAAUACCUGCGGUAACAAAAAGCACAGACAAAAUAAAUAUCGAUUAUUCGAUAAAGGAAUCUGAUUCUCAGCAAAGUGAUUCUAAUAGGCAAAUUGAAUAUAUUGAUGAACCGAAAAGUAAUCAAGGAGUAGUUUCAACUGUUUCUCAAAAGCCUGAUACAGAAACUGGUCUUGAACGAAUAACCGGCGAGAUAUGUCAGCAAAAAUUCAAUGAGUUGAAGCAAUUAUUAGAUGAUGCGCACAAAGCUGUAACAAGCAUCGUAUCUUCCCAAGAAAAGUUGAAUACGAUUGACAAAGGUAAGGAACAUAUACGGGAAAUUAGGACUGACAAUUCGUUGAGUACUUGUGCUUGCGAUACUGCGGUUCAAUCUUACAUUACGUCAAGUAUAUCGAAUUGCGAUCUUGAUGGUGAUACUCGCGCAGGAAAAUAUCAUAAAAAGCUCGCUCCGAAAGUUCCAACAAGUAACGAGAUAAUAAGUAAUGAAGACAUUAACGAAAACGAGUCUCAAAAUGCUUUGAAGGCCACUUUGGUUAUUAAAACUGGUACAUUGAGAACUGUUUCAAACGCGGAUACUACGAAAGAUAUAUUCUUAGCACAUACCCCGGACACGAAAAAAAGAAAGAAGAAAUCUAAUAGAUUACGCGCUAAGGAGAGUUUUUCCAAAUUAUUAACGAUUCCGAAGAACAUCUUUCACAACGCUUUCCACAAGGAACAAAAUGAAGCUUCCGCUAAAGAGGAAGAUUCCAGCUCCUCGUAUUCUGAGACCAGUGAAUCCGCAUCGAGAUCAAGUAGUAUCGGAUCCCAGGCGUUUGUAAACACAUCCUCAAAAUUAUCUGUUUCAAAGCAAGAAGUGGACGUAGAAGAGAUUCCACUGAAAUCGGAGCGCGAUGACAACAUUAAAAAUUUCGACAAAGAUAACACUUUUGCUGAUAACUUGGGUACUAAGAUUGUGUCCUUAAACGAAAUUAAAGCUUUUAAAAUUGAAGAUAAUAAGAAAGAAGAAGGUGCAAUGAAUACAGAAAAAUUCGAAAAUCAUGAAGAGAAUAUUGAAAAUGAAUCGAACUCACAGAUUCGUGAUAUCUCCUUACAGCAACAGAAAAGAGAUUAUCACUGACAUUAAUUAAACGCAUUUCAUUAAUGUCGCAUAUUUCAUAGAGAAAUUAUGUUACUGUUAUGACUAAAUAAUUACAUAUACUUGUUUUGUCUUUAAUGUUUUUAAAAUAUGAUAAAAGCUUGUUCGUUCUCUCUAUCCCAAUUCCAUAUUUCGUAUUUUAUCCUAAUAGGAAAUUCGGCCAGAAGAAAUGGACUGUUUCAUUAAGAUCAUAACGAGUUUCGCUACCUUACCUCGCAGUAAGAAGACCAGUAAGAAAAAAGUGGCAUGAAACCUUCCUGCUGCUG